UUGCUUUAUUCUUUUGACUUUCUUUUCGUAUGUUUCUUCUGUUUUCGCGAUGUUCUACGCGUACGUACAUUACCCCGCCGACAAAGAGAAGGCGAUCAUGCCUGUGUGCCUGAUCAAGGAUUAUAAUCCAAAAACGGAGACUGACAUCCCUAGUGAAUCGGUGCAAGCGUAUUGGCGCUCCGAGGCCGGCCUUGAAGAAGGCUACUACGAGGCGAAAGUGGUCCUUCUUGCAAAAUCGAAGAGGGCACUUCUCGAGGAGAUGGCCCACAAGAAGCGACUGGUUAUUCCCCAGAUUUUUGAGGAACCAGUGCAAGCAUCAACAUCAGGUUCUGCGUCCAGCAAGAACUUGACACAACGCAAGGCUCUUGCCAAGAGGAAACAGAUGGCGAGCAUUCUAAGUAAGAAGAGGCCUUUAGGAGGAGACUCAACCGACGACGAGGACCCUGCAGUUGUGCCGAAGUCAGAGCUGGAUAGGGCUGAAGAAGCUCUGCGAUCUCUGCGGAAGAGGCUCCGCAAGGCGGAGGAAAAGGCUUGUGCCCCAUGUGCCGAAGGCGUUGUGUCGAAAGCCGAACAUGACGCAGCUCUUGUAAAAAUUGAGCAGCUGCAAAAAAAACUAAAGGAAGUAGAGGAUUCCAACUUCCGACUGAUGCGUGUCGUCCUCGACAAGAUCGAGAUCACCAGAGAGGCCAGUCACCAGGCCACUCACCAGCUGCAGGGAAGAACGUCAGUGCCUGCUGCACCCAUCCCUGUCCCCGUCGCUGCUCCUGUCCCUGUCCCCGUCGCUGCUCCUGUCCUUGUGCCCGUUGCUGUCCCUACUUCGGUGCCUGAUCGUGUGAUGACAGAGGCCGGAUGUGUGUCUACAAUGCUGUACAGCACAACUGGGGCAUCGGGCAGCACGCAAGAAUUGACAGACUCCGAGGAGUGUUCCCAUCUGCAACCUGCAGGGAACCUAUCCCCGCUCCCUGUGGAGGCUACAGAGUCUGAGGAGGUUCCUCCUGCUGAACCACACAGUAAGUUUGCUGACAAUGUAAAUUAG